GGUAGAGAUGGACAGGCAAUUUGCUCGAAUUACGCAAAAGGCAAUAGAGAUUAGCAGAACAGUUCGCCUGGGAGAUGCGGAGAACAUUCCUGACCAGCAAACCAUGGUAGAAGCCUGUCCUGUGUCAAUGUCAUCCACAGGUCACCUUUUAGAUUCAUCUCCUUUCAAGGAGACCGAAGUUGAUGACUCUGAUGAUUCAGACGGUUCUGAAAUCUUUAUUGAACAACAAGUCGAAUCGACUGUCAACAAGGAACCUUUAAUCAAUUCUCAAGAUGAGCUCCUCCUUUAUAUUCAUGAUGCAAUUCCGAUCGAACCUCCCGGCGAGUCCUGUUUUGUUUCACAACUUUCUGAUGAAGAGAGCCAAGAAGAAGAAGACUUUAGUAAGAGUCCAAUUAUUACCAAUGAAAUCGACCGAAUUUCAGUUGCAGAUAUCGAAGAUGAUAAUUCGUCUCUUGAUGGAUCGAUCGAGCCUCUUCUUCCAUUGGUUUUAUCUUCACAUUUGGCGACUAAUGCAGAACUUAUGGAAGCUAUUGAAGCAGAUGAAAGCUUCAUAAUUCAUGAAUGCUAUUACCAAUUUUUGGGCUACAUUUCCAAGUAUCAUUUUAUACUCAGAUUUUAUUUUUUUCAUUUUUCAUCAGAUUUUUUUUCAUUCAUCUACAUUUGAAGACCUUUAAUUUAUGUUUAGU